AUGGCUCCUUCUGCGCUUCUUCCUGAAUCGCCAAUUCUCGAGGCCCCUCUGCCUCAAAUUGCUGAUCCGAAAACGAAAUAUAACGACUGGCGUGCGGAUCUUCUCGAGAAGGGUUUCACUGUCGUGAAGAAUGCUAUUCCAAAAGCUCAAGCUGUGAAAUACCAGGAAAAGGCAUAUGCUUGGCUCAAAUCUUUCGAUACAGAGCUCGACUUCAACAAACCCGAAACCUGGAUUAAGGAGAAUUUGCCGGUCCAGAGCAAGAUCAACACAUUUUCGACAUAUGGAGUGGCGCAUGAAAAGUUUAUGUGGGAUGCGCGAAUGGAACCUGGAGUUGUGGAUGCUUUCACACAUCUUUGGGGGACUGAUGAGCUCUUGGUGAGCUUCGAUGCAUUGAACAUCACUCUUCCGAAUCGAAAGGACGUUCCCAGGAAGCCUGCGUGGGAGCACAUUGAUCAAAGUCCAUUUCGACGGGGCAUGCACUGUGUCCAAGGAAUCAUCAAUCUCUCGCCAUCCGGACCCGAUGAUGGUGGAUUGGUCAUUUAUCCAGGAUCUCACAAGUUGAAUGACGAGUUUUUCGAUACACAAACAGAAAAAUCAAGUUGGGAGUCAAAGGAUUUGUACAUGUUUGAAAGGGAACAGCUUGAGUGGUUUACUGAUAGAGGUAUCAAGCCAUACAAAGUUUGUGCUGAUGUUGGAGACCUUAUCUUAUGGGACAGUCGAACGGUUCAUUAUGGAAGUGAACCCUCGGAGGCUAGCAAUCAGAUCCGGACUAUCAUCUAUGUGACUUAUACUCCUGCAAGGUUGGCAAGCGAAGACUCAUUAGAGAAGAAGCGUGCGAUUUUCAAGGCUUGGGGUGGAACUACUCAUUGGCCACAUGAUAAUAUUGUGUUUAUAAACACUCAAACAUUGUUGGAUGAUGGAACGAGAGAUCCGAGGGACAGAGACGGGCCACUCGAGCUACCAGAGAUGAGUGAUAAGUUGUUGAGGUUUGCUGGGGCUAAGAGCUAUUGA